GGGUAGUAGUAGUGUGGGAAGGCUUUGGCUUCUUUCUUUUCCAUUUCAUUUCUUCUUCUGUGUCUGUCACUACUUUACUUCAGUUUCAGAGAGAGAGAGAGAGAGAGAUGGAGGGUGCAAAUGGUGGUGUAAUAGGCGGAGUCAUAUUCCAUCACUCUCUGCUUUUCCAUGAUGACAUUGCCAACCCAGCCGCUGACUCCCUCCUCCGUAAGCUCCGCCAUUCUGCCAUCCCUACGGCAAUUUCUCAUGGACCGGGUAUUUCAUCUCACAAGAUCAAUCUGCUUAAAAAGAUGGCAGCACUCUACUCCAUGGAUUGCUUUUCAUUGGACCCAUCUUCAUCUUCACUAGAAGAUGCUAUCAACGAUAUUAUGCUUGCUUGGAAUCAUGUUAGAGGAACUAUUUUGCUCCUGCUCUCUGAUGAUGACAAGGAACUCUUCAAUAAACCCCCUAACUGUAAUUGGCAGAUCGUUGCUUUAAGUGCCAGCCCAUGUGAUGCUUCAAGCAUUUAUAAUAUCAACAAAUUGGAGGAAUUGCCUUUGACUAUUUGCCGCCUUAAUAAAAAGGCAGUUGGAGACAAUGUUGUGACAGUAGGUUAUAUUAUGAAGCCUUCACGCGAAGAAGAUUUUGCUAAGAGGGGUGCAUUCCCUAUGUAUCCUACUCAUAAUGGGUUAAUGUUCUUUCCCCUAACAUUUGACCUUCCUCUUACACCUCAACUGCAAGAAGCUGAUUUGAUUCUUCAUAAAGCAACGGAUGAAAUCGUAUCUGUUGAAUUGAGCGACUCUGCAGAAUUUCUAAACAAAAUAACUUACACCACUGGCAUGGAGGAACUGAAAAGAUACAUGGAUCAUCACGUAGACUGUUGUGUGAUUGACCCGCUUAGUAAUAUUUACCCUGUAUUGGAUCGGCUAAAAAUUCAACAUAUUUUACUUGGACUGGAAAAUCUCAAAGGUGCAAGUGGUCAUUUAAUCAGGGGUCCUCAUUUUCUUAAGGUUGAUGAUUAUAAGGAACUUUCUCUCAUUCAAAGGCUAUCUGAAGCUAAACUAUCUCUUCCAUGUAUAGUUAAACCUCAAGUUGCUUGUGGUGUAGCUGUUGCUCAUAGUAUGGCAAUUGUUUUUAAAGACCAAGACUUUAAAGACCUGAAAGUUCCUCUUCCAGCAGUGAUUCAGGAAUAUGUGAACCAUUCAUCCAUUCUCUAUAAAUUCUAUGUCUUGGGUGAGAAAGUAUUUUAUGCAGUCAAGAAGUCUACGCCAAACACAGAUAUCUUAAUAAAAUUAUUCGGUAGUCAUGAUCUCAAACCUCUAGUGUUCGACAGCUUAAAAUCUCUUCCCACUGCAACUGGGAACCCUCAUUCUGAUAGUAAUAGCUCGAAGGGCAAUAAUGAGCACAUUGAUGAAGACUUGGUUACAGAAGCUGCAAAGUGGCUCAUGAAAAAUCUUGGUCUGACCAUCUUUGGCUUUGAUGUUGUUAUUGAUGAAGGCAGUGGUGAUCAUGUGAUUGUGGAUGUGAAUUACUUACCAUCAUUCAAAGAAGUUCCCGAUGAAGUUGCCAUACCCGCGUUUUGGAAUGCCAUCAAGAACAAGUGGGAAUCAAAACCCGCUUUGAUGGCUCAAUAAUCCUUAUCAGGCUCCAUACUUGUGACAAAAUUUUCUUGUUAUAAUUAGCUCAAUCAUAAUGGAGAUUGAUUCGAGUAAUUUUACAUGUAAUAAAGAGAUAUUAAUACAAGGGAAAAUAAAGGCAUGCAAAGUCCGCAAUAGAAUGGCUUUUAUGUUUUGCUGGACA